AAAAAUAGAAAAAUUAAAAGAAAAAGGAGCAAUUAAAAUGUCACAACAAGAAUUUGCAAGCGUUUAUAUCAAUUCUGCACCAAAAAACACAUUUGCUGAUGAAGAAAUCAUCCAUUCAGCGUACAUUUGUGGCUCUUGCCGCCUUUCUUGUGCAUCUCUCUACGAUUUGGUCCUUCACGAGAGUCAAGUUCAUAUUAUCGAAUUUUCUCGAAUUGUAUCCAAAUUAAAGGCAUUAAUUGACGAAUUCAUCGUGCCCGAAGACAAAAACGAAACACAUCCUUUCAAAAAGGAAGAUUCUGUGGAUUAUUAUGAUGAACCUGAUGUUCAUGACGAUGCCGGCAACGAAUCUGAAGAACAAGAAAUCAUCCGCAGACUUCAAGAAUCCGGAAAUUUAAGCUUAAAAGUCAUGAAACCCUCAACCGAUCAAAAUUUGGAGCCUCGUUCGUUGCGCAAAGAGAUGCCUUUGCGAAUAAAUCGUGAUAAAUUGUCGUUCAAAACGAUUGUUCGAGGUCGUAAGAGACUAAAACGUCCCAAAAAUUGCUUCACAUGCGCCUUUUGCUCGGAAACCUUUGAAAAUUACCCGCUUUUGCAACGUCACGAACGCUCCACACACAAAUACAUUUGCGAUUAUUGCGGCAGGGAGUACACGGUAAAGCUAAAUUUGAAGAUGCACAUGUUCCGGGAGCACAAAGGUAUCAAAACGUAUUGCAUCGAAUGCGGCAUUUCGACGACUGACUUGAAGGAACACAUGAAAAAGCACGAAAACGAUCCAACUUACAUCUGUGACAUUUGCGGCAAGGAGAUGCGAGGGAAGCAAAAGAUUAAUAAUCACAUGAAUCGAUCGCAUAAGUCAGUUUUUGCGAGAUUUUUCUGCCAAUUUUGCGAUGUAGGCUUUAAAUACAUGGCUGACUUGAACGAACACAUGAUCAAACACGAUCCCGAUCGAAAAGAUCACAAAUGUCACAUUUGUGAGAAGGCUUAUAAGAGGAAAAAUGAGCUAAAAAGACAUUUACAAUCACAUGAGGGACAAAAAUGGCCUUGUGAGGAUUGCGGAAGGGAAUAUGCUUGGCAACGAGGCUUAUGGACACACCGAAAUAAAGGAAGUUGUAAAGGAAAAAAUUAAUUUUAGCGUGAUUUUUAAUAAUAAUGUUGAAAAAAAU